AUGUCACGCGGUGGACGUAUGGACAAUGGAGCGAUGAGGAAGAGGCGCAGUGAAAGAAGUCGCUCAAGCAGUCCGUUAAAGGGAGAUCCGAAAAGAAUUGCAGGUGGACGUGAUGGAGACAGACGCAGUGGUGCUGGUAGCAUGGGCGAACGUAUGGUGUUUAUCACUAAUCUUGCCUAUGAGGUCCGCUGGGUGGAGCUGAAGGAUAUUCUGCGUGAGCAUGGUGGAGAGGUUGUUUUUGUCGAGCUGUUGGAAGAUCGCAACGGACAUCCGAAGGGGAAUGCGAUCGCCGAGUUCAAAACGAAGGAAGGUGCAGCAAAGUGCAUUAAGAAUCUCGACGGCUUCGAGAUUCGAAAGAGAAAAAUUAUUACGAAACCAAUUCGCUUGUAUGCGUUGAAGUCGCAAUUCCCAAUUUUGGCUCUGGCGUCCAGUUUCUUCUCCAUGCUCAAAGGCAAGCAGCGUACAAGUUGUCAUUGUUGUGGAGGUUUCUCUAAAGGUGUGGUGGGCAAGGGAUUAAAAGAGUAA